GGACCUAAGCAAGCUUGUGCUGCUCAUCGUCCUAGUUUUACAAAUAGGCUAGUCUCAAGUGAGGAUUGGACAAGCCCGGAAUUUAUUUUCUAUAAGACACAAAUUGAUCUGCCAACAUUGGAUCCAAAGCGCUGCCUAGUAUCAGGUCAUUUGCUUAAGUUGGCUAUAUGCUUAACACAUUCUGCCUUUUGGCGCCUUGCUUCUCCUGUCCUCACCGUUCACUUCACUUUUGCUAUGCUUAGGCUUGUUUCUUUCCCUCAUAUUCAUGCAAGAUAUUUCAAUUCCACUUCACAAUGUUCUGCUGGCGCCAGGACUUAUGAAUGUAAGCCUCUGCCUGGGGAGAGAGACCAUAAUGAUCCCGAUGGUUGGGCCAGAAGACUGUUCAAACUUUCGGAUAUAAGAAAGAAUAUGCCUGAUGUGGUUGCCAAUUCUGAAAUUCCCCUUCUCCAUUUAAUUUGUCGGUUAAAGCCUAUAAAAGGCGUAAUGCAUUAUCACAAAGCCUUGCUUGAAAAGUAUGGCAUCGGACCGAGGACUAAGCUACACUCAUGGGUCGUAGUUAAAAAUACUCCAAGUGUCAAUGAAGAGCUUUAUGCAAUUAAGCACUUAAUACGGGUACAACCUAUAGAGUUUCCACAUGGUCUUCCAAACAGCUUAAGUGAUAUUGCAAGGUGGAGGCUAUUGCCAAACGGACGAUUUGUUAUUCACCCAAUUUCAAAUAUCAGCUCGAAAUUUUCAGAAGAAGAUGCAACCUCCAUUUCACAAAUAGCGGGUUCUAAUUCUUUGCUUUCCACGGACGUCGAAAAGAUAUUGGAUCGCGACCAAAAACAUCGUCCUUAUCUCUCUCGUCGAUAUUUGCGUGAAUAUUAUAAUUUACAGCACUGCAGACAUAAAACUUUCAGUCAAUUCUUUACCUCUUCAUACCUUUAUCGACUAAAUCAGGAUGGAAACGAGUACAGAUAUAGCAAGCUUUGGCGUUUAGAUGAUGCGAUGCGACAGUCUAUCCAAUUUAGAACUCAUCCAGAUGGCACACAAAGAAACAAAAAUCCUCGUUUUGAAGCGGAUUGGAGUACAUAUCCAUGGACGAAUUAUUGA